AAAAAAACUCAGGCAAAGUCACAGCCUUAAAAUUGUUCCCUGGAAGAAGCGUGAGUGGAGAAGUGUGAGAAGAUGAAUGGACCAGUGGAUGGCUUGUGUGACCACUCUCUAAGUGAAGAAGGAGCCUUCAUGUUCACGUCGGAGUCUGUGGGAGAGGGACACCCAGAUAAGAUCUGUGACCAGAUCAGUGACGCAGUGCUGGAUGCCCACCUCAAGCAAGACCCCAAUGCCAAGGUGGCCUGUGAGACGGUGUGCAAGACCGGCAUGGUGCUGCUGUGUGGCGAGAUCACUUCAAUGGCCAUGGUGGAUUACCAGCGAGUGGUGAGGGACACCAUCAAGCACAUCGGCUAUGAUGACUCGGCCAAGGGCUUUGACUUCAAGACUUGCAACGUGCUGGUGGCUUUGGAGCAGCAAUCCCCGGAUAUUGCCCAGUGCGUCCAUCUGGACAGAAACGAGGAGGAUGUCGGGGCAGGAGAUCAGGGUUUGAUGUUCGGCUACGCCACCGACGAGACAGAGGAGUGCAUGCCCCUCACCAUCAUCCUUGCCCACAAGCUCAAUGCCCGGAUGGCGGACCUCAGGCGCUCCGGCCUCCUCCCCUGGCUGCGGCCUGACUCUAAGACUCAGGUGACAGUUCAGUACAUGCAGGACAAUGGCGCAGUCAUCCCCGUGCGCAUCCACACCAUCGUCAUCUCCGUGCAGCACAACGAAGACAUCACGCUGGAGGAGAUGCGCAGGGCCCUGAAGGAGCAGGUCAUCAGGGCCGUAGUGCCGGCCAAGUACCUGGACAAAGACACCAUCUACCACCUGCAGCCCAGUGGGCGGUUUGUCAUUGGAGGUCCCCAGGGGGAUGCGGGUGUCACUGGCCGUAAGAUUAUUGUGGACACCUAUGGUGGCUGGGGGGCUCAUGGUGGUGGGGCCUUCUCUGGGAAGGACUACACCAAGGUGGACCGCUCAGCUGCAUACGCUGCCCGCUGGGUGGCCAAGUCUCUGGUGAAGGCAGGGCUCUGCCGGAGAGUGCUCGUCCAGGUUUCCUAUGCCAUUGGUGUGGCCGAGCCGCUGUCCAUUUCCAUCUUCACCUACGGAACCUCUCAGAAGACAGAGCAAGAGCUGCUGGAUGUGGUGCGUAAGAACUUCGACCUCCGGCCGGGUGUCAUUGUCAGGGAUUUGGACUUGAAGAAGCCCAUCUACCAGAAGACAGCAUGCUACGGCCAUUUCGGAAGAAGCGAGUUCCCAUGGGAGGUUCCCAAGAAGCUUGUGUUUUAGAGCCAGGGGAGCUGGGCCUGGUCUCACCCUGGAGGCGCCUGGUGGCCAUGCUCCUCUUCCCCAGAGCCCUGGCUGCUGAUGGCCUUCCCCACCCACCAACCCUCGGGGCAAAGCCAGGUUCCUCUCAUUUAGCCUGUUCUGUCAUCAUCAUGGCCGGCUGGAGGCAGGGGCUUCCUGGUGCUGGAGGCUGGCUCUUGAUUCUGAGUGCAUUUGGAGGGAGGGAGGGGCCCUUCGGAUGCCCCAUCCAGGGAGGCUGGUCCUAAGGCCUCACGUUAAAUAGGCGGGGCUUGCCUUCUGGUGUUGGACAAGCUUGAGAUGUCACGAAGAGAUUCUGCCUUUGCCAGGUGA